GGAGGUCCGACUGCAUUUACAGCUGCUGCUGGCUUCUCUGAUGGUGGCGUCAGCCGCAUCACAGCAGAGGUUCUGCUCAAACACAACGCUGCUGAAGACCCAGAUGGCCUGUCAUUCCUGCAGCAUCUCCAAGUUGUUUUCCUGUCCAUCAGGAUUCAGAAGGACUCCAGGACUCCUGAUCCUCGGCUGCAAGUACCACAUGAAGACCAGCAGCGGUACGGAUUUGACAAUCAGCGGCUGCUCCUUCGAAUGCGAAAAGGAGGUGCAGGUCAAGAGGUGUUGCCCGGGUUUCUGGGGUCCGGACUGUAUGGAGUGUCCUGAUCGGGCUGACAGACCCUGCAGCAGCAGAGGGGUCUGCUCCGAUGGGUUAGGAGGGAACGGCACCUGCAGCUGCCAGGUUGGUUUUGCAGGGACGGCCUGUGAGGACUGUGAACCUGGACGUUACGGACCCACCUGCAGCUCAGAAUGCAAAUGUGUCCAUGGCCUCUGUUCUUCUGGACUGAAAGGUGACGGCCGCUGCACCUGCUUCUCUGGGUACAAAGGUCCCAGUUGUGACCAGGAGUUACCAGAAUGUGCAGCCCUUGGCUGCCAGCAGAACUCUCGCUGUAUGGAGGAAGCUCUGUCAGGGAGACUGGUGUGCCAAUGUUUGCCCGGCUUUGAAAAAUCCGGAGCUCAGUGUUUAUCCAAAAACCCAUGCCUCCAGCGGGUCUGCCAUGCUCAGGCUUCCUGCCUCCAUACUGGACCGAACCAGCACCUCUGUGCCUGCAACAAAGGCUACACCGGUGAUGGACGGAUCUGCAUGCCAGUCAACCCGUGUCAGACCAAAAACGGAGGAUGCUCCCCAGAGUCUGCCAACUGUGUCUAUGAUGGACCGGGACAGUCUCACUGCGAGUGUCUACAAGGCUUUAAAAAGCUGGCAGAUGGCAGCUGCAACCUGAAGGACAUCUGCAAACCCAACUCCUGCCACCAGAACGCCAACUGCACCACAGUGGGACCGGAUCAAGUCGAGUGCACUUGUCUCCAAGGAUACAUUGGGAAUGGUAAGGUGUGUUUUGGGAACAUCAUGGAGCGUCUGAGGGAGCUGAACACGCAGCCUGGGGAGGAGUUGAGCGGACAGCUCAGCAAUGCCAUCUCUCUGUUUGAUUCUUUCUCGUGGCCUCUGCAGAAUUUGGGCCCUUUUACAGUAUUUGUUCCCAUCAAUACAGGCUUCAGAGGGGUUAACAUAAGGUCUCUGACUACAGACUCAUCUAGAGUCAAUUACCUGAUUAAAAUGCACCUGAUUGCUGGUUUAAUGCCGUCCUCCACUAUGAAGAAAACCCAUGUCUUCUACACGCUGUCAGGAAAAUCAGGAGAGACGCAGACAUCACCUAUGGAUGAUGAUCUGAGGAUCCGAAUCUACGGCAGCAGAAGAAGAAGUAUUCUCCUCCACUCUGACCUCGCUGCCUCCAAUGGAAUCAUCCAUAUCAUAAGUAAACUGAUGGACAGCGUCCCACCCACCGUGCAGAGCAAACCAGACGAGAAUCUCAAGAAGAUCAUCUCUGACUAUGGAAAAUUUGAGACCUUCAAAUCCCUCCUGGAGAAGACCGACCUUGCGUCUGUGAUGGACCUUCCUGGACCCAUCACGGUCUUCUCUCCCACCACUUCAGCAUUUGAGGCAAUGAAGGAGGGAUACCUGCAGUUCCUCCGCAGUCCAGAAGGUCACACCAAGCUGAAGGAGUUCCUCAGGAACCACAUCAUCCCAUCCGCCUCGCUGGAGGUCUAUAACAUAGUGUCAAGCCCCACAUUUGUGACGAUGGCCAAUCAGGUCCUGGUCGUCAAUGUAACAGAAAAAGGACAGAUUCUGGUGAAUGGAGCGGCCGUUGUGGAGGCGGCCGUGGAAGCUAGAAAUGGACGGCUGUAUGUGAUGGACAGGGUUCUGACUCCACCCUCCAUCGAACCUUUGCUGCCCCACAGGUGUGACAUUACAGAGAACAACACUGUCAAGACUCCAGCUUGCUGUAAAGGUUUCUAUGGUCCAGACUGCAGUCCCUGUCCUGGUGGCUUUCAGACCCCCUGCUCAGGACGUGGCCAGUGCAUGGAGGGCAUUGGAGGAAAUGGGACGUGUAUCUGUAAACCAAACUUCAGUGGCUCUCGCUGUCAGUAUUGCUCAUCCUCCAACAAACACGGUCCAAACUGCGACAGAACCUGUCCCUGCAUCCACGGACAGUGCAACAACCGUCCAGAGUCAGACGGACGAUGCCACAGAGACUCGUGUCUUCAGGGUUUCACCGGUUGGUUCUGUGAGCGACGGACUUCUCUCUGUGGAAGCCUGUCACUGUUCUGCCACGCGCAAGCCGACUGCGACUUCAGUAAUGGAUCCCCCAGGUGUGUCUGUAAACCUGGUUUCCAAGGCGACGGCAUCACCUGUGUGGAGUCUGACCCCUGUGCUCCACCUCUCAGAGGUGGCUGCAGUAUAAAUGCUAAAUGUAUAAGGACAGGCCCAGGUACUCACACCUGUCGGUGUCUGACCGGCUGGACAGCGGAUGGAGACGAGUGUCGACCAAUAAACAACUGUGAUGGUCCUGACAGAGGAGGCUGCCACACCAAUGCCUCCUGCAUCUAUGUCGGACCUGGACAGAGCGACUGCGCCUGUAGGAGCGGCUACCAUGGGGACGGACACAUAUGUGAGCCCAUCAACCAGUGUGUGACGGCCGGAGGAGGCUGUCACUUCAGGGCUCGCUGUCUCCUGCUGUACUCUCAGUGGACCUGUGUCUGCGAUGAUGGAUAUGUUGGAAAUGGAUCGCUAUGUUUUGGUAACGUUGAACAGGAGCUGAUGACUCUACGUAAUGCCCCGGACUUCUUCACCUGGACAAGGGACUCCGGCCUUUCUGGAUCUUUGUCAGAUCAGAACCUGACACUUCUGGUUCCGACAUCUGCUGCAGUCGCUAAGAUGUCCUCUGAGGAAAGAAGCUUCUGGACAUCGAAAGGGAACCUGCCGAGCCUAAUCAGAUUUGAUGUGUCCUUCAGAAACCACAUUGUUCCAGGCAUCUUUUCCUUAUCCACACUAAGAAAGACCUCCUCACUGACUUCCCUUCUGUCAACAACUCUUCCUGUUUCAACAAGCCAGGAGAUCACAUCUGUUGGAGGAGCAUCCAUCGUUACCUCCGACGGACCCGCCACCAAUGGAGUGAUCCACCUUAUUGAUAAGGUUCUGCUUCCUGAGAGAAGUGAAGGUCUGCUGGCAGUGCUCGCUUUGAGGCCGGAGUUCUCCCUCUUCAGAUCUUAUCUUAUUGAUUACAACCUGACCCAGGAGAUUGAGCAGGCUGAUGAGUUCACCGUGUUUGCUCCUACAGACACUGCCAUCAAACAGUACCUCCAGCGAAUGGCAGCAUCUGCCUUGGAUGUCAACACAACCCGGUACCAUGUGGUCCUGGCAGAGCGCCUGUUGAAGACGGACCUUCAGCCUGGAGGAUACAAGAAGACACUUCUGGGAUUUCCCUUCCAGCUUGGAAUCUACCCCCGGGACGGAAAGCUGUUUGUGAAUGACGCUCAGAUCAACUCCUCCAACCUGUUGUGUGACAAGGGAGUCAUCCAUGGGCUGUCAGAGGUUCUGCUCAUCGAGAGGAACCGCUGCGAUAAACUCACAUAUAAAAAAUUUCAGGGGCCAUGUGGAGAUUGUACUCGAUCCAUAAACCAGAGGUGUCCCAGUGGAACCAUUGCUGAUAAAUCAGUGAGGAUGAGGACAUGCAUCUAUACACAAGAUGUUGAUGGAGAAUCCAAGUUCGCCAUAGGGUGUGAGGCAUCCUGCCUCCGGAAGAAUAUCGAGCCCAGGUGCUGUGACGGCUACUUCGGGCUGCACUGUGAGCCUUGCCCCGGUCCAAAAGGGCAGGCCUGCUUUGGUAAUGGCCUGUGUCUAGAUGGGGUCAAUGGCACUGGAAUCUGCCGCUGCAACCAAGAUUUCAACGGGACAGCCUGUGAAACCUGCCAGAGCGGGAGAUAUGGCGUUCACUGUGACCAGGAUUGUCGGUGUAAGAACGGACGCUGUAACGAGGGGCUGAUCGGGGACGGGACCUGUGAGUGUGACGUCGGCUGGAGGGGUGUUCACUGUGAUGAAAAGAUUGAAUCCAAAGCUGAUGAACUGUGUGGUUUGGUGAAAUGUCACAGCAGUGCAAACUGUGUGGUUCACUCAUCUGGAUCUCAGUGUCUCUGUGCUGCUGGAUUUGAAGGAAACGGAACAUUCUGUAAAGCUGUAGACGCGUGUCUGGUGAAUAACGGCGGCUGCAGUCCGUAUGCGGUUUGUAAAAAGACCCGACCCGGCCGCAGAGACUGCGUCUGUCAGAGUGGCUACACUGGAGAUGGGUUUGUUUGUGUGGAGAUAAAUCCAUGUUUGGAGGGAAACGGGGGUUGCCAUGAGAACGCAGACUGUAUCCACGUUGGACCAAACAAAACCUCCUGCGCCUGCAGGGAAGGCUACUCAGGCGAUGGGCAGAGCUGCAGCAUGGUCAACUUGUGUAAAAAGAAAAAUGGUGGCUGUCAUAUGUUUGCCAUCUGCAACAUGACGGGCCCCGGCAAUCGAUCCUGCACAUGCUCAAAAAACUUUAUCGGAGAUGGCUUCAAGUGCAAAACCAUCGUGGAGAAGGAACUGAGGUAUAGGGGGUCCACUGACUUUUACUUCACCCACCUUUCAGUGGACGUUAACCUAAGAGGUCGAGGUCCAUUCACCGUAUUUGCUGUAACUACUCGGAACAAGAAAUCCAACCUCACGUUGACAAUUCUGGACAAAUACAGAGAAAACUUAGCCAACCUCUUGCGAAACCACAUCGUCAUGUGUCAAACUCUGCUCCCCGAAGACCUGAAAAAACCGAGAAACCUGACCUCUCUGUCUGGUCUCAUCCUCACCAUCGGAUCCAACCAGGGAAAAAUCACAGUCAACCAGGCCAACGUGACGGGCAGCGAUGACAUCAGUGUUAAUGGCAUCAUCCAUGAUAUCGACACCACGCUGUUUCCUCCGAACGUUGAUAUGAACAAAUUCAUGCUCAUGCCUGAUCCAACAAAGAGAAAUCUCUCAGAGGUGGCUAAGCAGCAUGGUUAUAACAGCUUCUACAAACUGCUACAGGAUACAGGUGUGAUGGACCUCAUAAAUGAUGUGAUAUACCAGCCGGUCACGCUUUUCCUCCCUUCUGAUGAUGUCAUGGCAUCUCUGCCACAACAGCAGAAGGACUUCCUGUUCCACCAGCAUAAUCGUCCGCAGCUGCUUGAGUAUCUGAAGUACCACAUCAUUAUAAGCCAGAAGAUUUAUGCAGAAGGGUUGAUCUACCUGGACUCUGGUCGAACUCUGCAGGGUUCAUCUCUCUCUUUCUCCUGCGGUGGUUCUGAGAGAAUUGGAGAAAUCUACAUUAAUGGCGGUUCCUGUCGGAUCACCGAGAGGCAUCUUGUCUUCAAAUCUGGGAUCGCCUAUGGAAUAGACUGCCUGCUGAUCCCACCCAGCCUGGGGGGACGCUGUGAUGAACAGACUGUGCUGGACCUAAAGAUGGGCUGUGUUACAUGCUCUAGGUCUGGUGCCAGAUGUCCUAAAGGAACCAUAGAAAAGGAGAUCCAGAAGUGUGACCUUCCAAACCUAAUGAUCAGUAGAAACUCUGGCUGUCGGCCCAUCUGUACCGUCAACUUCUGGCAUCCAAAGUGUUGUCCUGGUUUCUAUGGACGAGACUGCCUUGAAUGUCCAGGAGGAGUCCACUCCCUCUGCAGUAAACGAGGGAAAUGCGAUGACGGCCACCUUGGGAACGGUACCUGUACCUGCGAGGCUGGUUUUAAGGGGACGGCCUGUGAGUUGUGCUCAGAUGGGUUUUAUGGGCCCAACUGCAAAGCCUGUAACUGCUCGGUCCACGGGUCAUGUGACGAUGGAAUCCAUGGGACAGGUCUGUGUUUCUGUGAGGAAGGGUGGACGGGAGAACGAUGCGAUGUUCAGACAGAGGUGUUCCAGUGCUCUCCACCCUGCUCUCCAAAGGCCGUCUGUCAGGAAAACAACACCUGUGUCUGCCGACCGUUCCAUGUGGGAGACGGACUCACCUGCAAAUUGGUGGACAUCUGUAAGAUCUGGAACGGCGGCUGUGCGAAGGAGGCGAAAUGUUCGCAAAAAGGGGAAAAGGUGAGCUGCACAUGUCUUCAAGGAUACUCUGGAGACGGCUUCACCUGUCUACCUGUGGACCCCUGUGCCAGCGGGGACAACGGCGGCUGCCAUGAACACGCUAUCUGCACAAUGACAGCUCCGGGGAAGAAGAAGUGCACCUGUAAGGACAACUACAUUGGAGAUGGAGUUACCUGUGAGCUCAAACAGCUCCCAAUCAGCCGCUGUCUCCAGGACAACGGACAGUGCCACCCAGAUGCUAAAUGUACCGACCUCCACUUUGAAGAUUCAACGCUUGGUGUGUUUCACUACCGCUCGGCCAGCGGUCAGUACAAACUGAACUACACAGCAGCCCAACAGAGCUGCAGGGCAGAGGGAGGCACCCUGGCUACAUACACUCAGCUCUCCUACGCUCAACAGGGGGGACUGAAUAUGUGCUCUGCCGGCUGGUUGGACCAAGGCCGAGUCGCCUAUCCCACCACCUACCCCAAUUCCAAGUGUGGUUUCGGACACGUGGGCAUCGUGGACUAUGGCACCCGGAAAAACCUGAGUGAGACCUGGGAUGCCUUCUGCUACAGGAUGAAGGGUGUGCAGUGUGAGUGUAAAGCUGGUUACAUUGGAGAUGGCUUCAGCUGCAGAGGAAGCCUGCUGCAGGUCCUCAUGUCUACUCCAUCCUUCUCCAACUUCCUCUUACAUAUCCUGACCCACCAAGCAGAGUCAAGACAUCGGAUUGUGUCGACACUCACUGACCCGAGGGCUCAGUCCACCCUGUUUGUACCAGAUAACAGCGGCCUACCGUUGAACAUGACCCUGUCCAUGCGGGACAUAGAGUUUCACCUGUAUGAGGGUCAGGCGCUUCCUCUGAGCCAACUGAGGAACAACAGUCGGAUCAGGACCAGAGUUGGCAGCCUGACAGUCCUUAGCCAGGCCAACGUUCUCAACUCUUCUCUUCUGGCUUCCUGUUACAUCAACAACCGCUUCGUCAUCGACUCCGACAUCCUUGCUUCAAACGGGAUCAUCCAUGUCCUCCAGGGACCUCUAAAAGCUCCUCCUCGCCAUCAAGAAAUGCAGGUGGCCCACCAGGCCGGGAUGGGAGUGGGAGUGCUUCUUCUGAUCCUCCUGCUGCUUGGUGUAGUCUUUGUUGGAUAUCGUUUCUGCAGCCACAGCAGCAAACCCUUCCAGUUCCACUACUUCAAGGAUGAGGACAACGAAGAAGAACCUGCAGCAGAAACUGCUAACUACAGCCGCAGCGUCUGUAACCCUGUUUAUGAAGCUAGUUCGGAACCAGCCCCAACUUGGUCCGAUGCAUCUGGUUCUGCAGGGAGUCCACAGGCAUCCGUUAAGGCUGAAGUGGAAGACAGACAUGAGGUGGUAAAUGGAGGAUCAUAUGACCUGCUGCAGGACGGCUGAGCCUGGGACCCCUCUACUGGAUCAGAACCACCGAGAUCAGCAGCAGAAUAAUUCCAAAAAUGGUUUAACCUGAAGAAUGGAGUCAUUUCUGCAGAGUGGAGCCACCGGAGCGUGUUUAGGUGGCAGAACAAACUGAUGGCCAGAUGUUAAAGUUCUAAGUGUUUGUGGUUGUGUUUGAGUUCUGGGAAUAAAAUAGCUGA